CGCCCAGAUCACGUGAUGACCCAGCCUCCCGGCCAGUCUUCGGCUGAGUCCUCCUGUAUCCCAGCGUGCAAAUCGCCGGCAAUGGCCGCCACCAUGGAGGAGGAAGAGCUGGAGUGUGUGGAUGAGUUAGAGGGUGUUUUGCACCUGUCUCCGGAGGUGCAGCAGGCGAUCGAGCAGGUGUUCCCCAGCCAGGAUCCCUUGGACAGGGCUGAUUUCAAUGCUGUGGAAUACAUCAACACACUCUUCCCAACAGAACAGUCUUUGGCCAACAUUGAUGAAGUUGUAAACAAGAUUAGACUAAAAAUCAGGAGGUUGGAUGAUGACAUUCGAACUGUAGUGAGAGGACAGACCAAUGUGGGACAAGAUGGCCGACAGGCUUUGGAAGAAGCACAAAAAGCCAUUCAGCAGCUAUUUGCCAAGAUUAAAGAUAUUAAGGACAAAGCAGAGAAGUCUGAGCAGAUGGUUAAGGAAAUCACACGGGAUAUUAAGCAACUUGACCAUGCAAAACGCCACCUUACCACAUCCAUCACCACACUCAAUCACCUGCAUAUGCUCGCAGGCGGUGUCGACUCAUUGGAGGCCAUGACUCGUCGCAGACAAUAUGGAGAAGUGGCUAACCUCAUGCAAGGAGUGGUGAACGUGUUGGAACAUUUUCACAAGUAUAUGGGUAUUCCACAGAUCCGUCAACUUUCUGAAAGGGUGCGAGCUGCUCAGACUGAGUUGGGACAGCAGAUCUUGGCAGAUUUUGAAGAAGCGUUUCCAUCUCAGGGGUCAAAGAGACCAGCGGGUCCCAGUAACGUACUACGAGAUGCCUGCCUUGUUGCCAAUGUGCUGGAUCCCAAAAUUAAACAAGAAAUCAUUAAAAAGUUUACUAAGCAACAUCUUUCAGAGUACCUCGUUCUGUUCCAAGAAAACCAAGAUGUGGCAUGGCUGGAUAAGAUAGAUCGGCGCUAUGCAUGGAUUAAACGCCAGCUGGUAGAUUAUGAGGAGAAAUAUGGCCGGAUGUUCCCACAGGAAUGGUGCAUGAGUGAACGGAUCACAGUGGAGUUUUGCCACGUCACCAGGCAUGAACUGGCUAAAAUAAUGCGCACAAGAGCCAAGGAAAUUGAAGUGAAGUUGUUGCUGUUUGCAAUUCAAAGAACGACAAACUUUGAGGGGCUGUUGGCCAAACGGUUCUCAGGCAGCACUCUGACGGAUGGGAUCGUGAAAAAGCCUGAAGCAGCACCACCAUCUACAAAUCCAUUCCUGGAAGAUGAAACUGGAGUUGAGUGUGACUCUGAGAAAGAAGGAGACCUGGAGAAGCCAAAGAAGCCCAAAGCCCCAGACAACCCCUUCCAUGGCAUUAUAUCCAAAUGCUUUGAACCACACCUCUAUGUUUACAUUGAAUCACAGGAUAGGAAUCUCAGUGAGCUGAUUGAUAGGUUUAUGGCAGAUUUCAAAGCCCAAGGCCCUCCAAAGCCUAACACUGAUGAAGGGGGUGCCGUGCUCCCUAGCUGUGCUGAUCUGUUUGUUUACUACAAGAAAUGCAUGGUGCAGUGCUCACAACUCAGCACUGGAGAGCCAAUGAUUGCUCUAACCACCAUAUUCCAGAAAUACCUGCGAGAAUAUGCAUUGAAAAUCCUCUCCGGAAACCUGCCAAAAACGACAAGCAGCAGUGGUGGUCUGACCAUUUCCAGCCUUCUGAAGGAGAAGGAAGGCUCGGAGGUUGCAAAGUUCACUGUGGAGGAGCUGUGCCUCAUUUGUAGCAUCCUCAGCACGGCUGAAUACUGCUUGGCAACGACACAACAGCUUGAAGAGAAACUCAAAGAAAAAGUGGAUGCAAGUCUGGUGGAAAGGAUUAACCUGAUGUCAGAAAUGGAUACUUUUAGCAAUGUGAUUUCCAAUAGCAUCCAGCUGUUAGUUCAGGACUUGGAUGCAGCCUGUGAUCCUGCACUCACUGCCAUGAGUAAAAUGCCAUGGCAAAAUGUGGAACAUGUUGGUGAUCAAAGUCCAUAUGUCACAUCCAUAAUCCUCCAUAUCAAACAGAAUGUGCCUAUCAUUCGAGAUAACCUUGCCUCUACUCGGAAGUACUUCACACAGUUUUGCAUCAAAUUUGUCAACUCCUUCAUUCCCAAGUUCAUCAACCACCUCUUCAAGUGCAAGCCAAUAAGUAUGGUGGGAGCAGAACAGCUUCUGCUUGACACUCAUUCUCUGAAAACAGUUCUGCUUGAUCUUCCUUCGAUUGGUUCUCAAGUCAUACGCAAGGCCCCAGCGAGUUACACAAAGAUUGUCGUCAAAGGCAUGACUCGUGCUGAGAUGAUUCUAAAGGUGGUAAUGGCACCUCAUGAAGCAUCUGUGGUGUUUGUCGAUAACUACAUCAAACUCCUGGCUGAUUGUAGCACGGAAACAUUCCAGAAAGUUCUUGACAUGAAGGGUCUGAAGCGCAGUGAACAAAGCAGCAUGCUGGAACUUUUCCGACAGAGGCUACCUACUCCUCCUUCAGGUGGAGACAACAAUUUAACAACGUCGUUAUCUGCACCGUCCCCUGAACAGGAAUCUUCCAGGAUCCGUAAACUGGAAAAACUCAUUAAAAAGCGGCUGUAAAUGAAGCUCAAAGUUGCACAGAUCGGGCUUUUCUGAAAUAUCAGCUCUUCCAGUUGCUAAUGUGACAAAAGAACUUUUCCCCUCUCCUUGCGUCUUAUCCUCAAUAUCUUGUCCCCCUCCUCACUCUUCUUUCCUCUCUGUCAGAGUCUGUGUCACAGAAGCAGCAACCAUCCUGUUUAUCUUGUUUUUGUUCCUGGAGAUGUUAAUUCACUAUUGCAAUUACAGUCAUCUUUCCAGCUGAGGAAGUCUCCAACCAACCACAAUAUAGAGACUGUCCCCAACUACUCAUUGUCCACCUCUUCUCUUACUUUGGGUUUGAGUCAGAAUUCUGAGCUGCCUGAGAAGUUUCACAUUCUGCCACUGCGCAAGAGGUUCAGAAUUCACAUAAAUGUGUAUAAAAUUGCAAUCAGCGAGUUUUAAUGUAUUUUGCACAGAGGAUAGCUUUGUGUUCCUAAUGGGCCAAAUGCAGUCACGGAGCUGAAGUGAACCAAGCGCUUGAUGUGGUGGACCCCCUCAGCAGUUGGCUGGAAUUAUAAAGGCAGUGCCCAUAGCUCUUCAUGAAUUAACAUAGUCCUGUUUUGUCAGAAUUGGAAUGGUCCCAUUAAGUAUAUGUACUUGAACAACUGGAAAUUUCAUAUAAAUACUGAUCACGGAAACCCAAAUUGUUUAACUGACUGGUACAAUUUCACUUAAUUCAAAUGAAAGACUGUACAUUUAACAUGUUCAGUGUUGAAGUUCCGUAACAUCCUGGAGUGUAUUUUCUGAAAUUCACUCCAGAAAUUUUCAGAAUGAUGCUGUUAGCAGUUGAAUUGCAGUAAAGUUCCACUGCUGCAUUAGGAAUUGGAAUCUAGAUAUCAGGAUAUUGCCUUGUUGAUAAUUUGAUGGAACAGAAUCCAAAGAUGUGCAGAUUAGGUGAAUUAGCCAUGCUAAAUUGCCCAUAGUGUCCAGAGAUGUGGAGAUUAGCUGCAUUAGUCAGGG